AUGGGGUGCGCCUGGUCGCGUUCCGAACAGGUGGAUUCUGGUGCCACACCGAAUGCCCUGCAGGCGGGCAUUCCCGCCCAGCGUCUCCAGGGAAGACUUCGGCAGGAGAAGAAGCGUCAGAGGCAGCUUCAAAAGCUCCAGAAACGCAAUGCACGCAAACGACGGCAGAAGAGGGGUCCCGGACGAGCAUCCGGUGGACCUAUUUCCAGCCAUGGGGGUUCUAUUCAAAGGAGCCGUCUCAGCGCAAAAACGCAUCCUGAUCUCGCCCAGCAACUGCGUCUGCUUGGCGGCAGCAAUGGGAGUACUGCUACCGAGUGUGUGAGUGCUUUAUAUGCCAGGACAUUGGAGCAACAGCGCGAGGAAUUCCAGCGCACAGUGGAGCUAAAGACCCUGGAUCAAUUGGACAGAGAAUUGGACACAUUCCUGUUAAAUCAAUUGCUAUUGGGUGUUCAGUUUUUUGGGCACUUCGAGGCAGAGAUGGUCCUGGUCGAUGCCCAACUCCUGGCCAGGCGACGCAACUGCUCCGCAGAGAAACUGGCCGAGCAUAGUCUGCUCCAGAACAGUGCAAUCGAUACGGCAGUCGCUAGGAACCUUUUGUUCAAAUCCUUGAAAAAACCGGCACAGCCGCUACAGAAACCAGUAACCUAUGUGGUUUUCGAGAACGUGGAUGUGGCCCGACCAAACGAUGCCAACUAUGACACCGUGGCGGCGCUUUGCAAGGUUCUUCUUGAAACGGACUACUAUAGAACCACACCCUGCCCCUCGGAAUUUGUCCAACUGAUGGAGAUGACCAGAUGGAUGGGAUAUGUGCGCCUUAAGCUGCGUGAGCAGUCGCCGAAUUUUCCGAUAGGCAGCAGUAGUUCCAGCUCACCCUUGCCAGCCAGCAGCGAUGAGGAAUGCUGCUAUGGGGAUAUUGGAUCGUCCUCAUCCAGUUCCUCAUCAUCGGGCUAUAGUUCGGGGCAUUACGACUAUGUAUAUUUGGCUAGGUUAAAUACUCCCCGUCCACUGGAGGAGCUGCGACUUGGUCGUCAAUUCGAUUUUAAAAGGAAUGUCCUGCCGGAGAGUUGUAUCCGUCGUUUGGCCAAUUGUCUGCCUCCUUGGUUAGAGCAAACCGACGAUGAGGAGUCAUCUUCCGAUUCCUGCAACAGCGACGAGGAGGAUCAAGCUAAUACAGAGAAUCGCAAAUAUCCACCGGCUGGCUAUGAAACUGUAGAAGUCCUUCGCCAAUGUCAUGUGGAACAACUGCAGCAGUGCUACCUCAGUUCGCAGCAAUUUAUGCUGUAUUUUGGAGAGGUGCUCCGCCAGCAUUUGGGCAAUCAACUGGGCAUUAGCCAGUCUCAGCUAUCUGCCGCCACGUAUCGCGGCUGCAGUGUUUAUACCGCUCGUGAAGAGCUUGUACCCGCCAUUCAUGUGCCUAAUUCCUGGCCAGAUUGCGGCUUUGAGUUUUGGCUAAGAGCCCGUCCGCGAUUGACCAACCUUCAUACCGCCGAGCAAUUUCAAUGGCCGACGGAGCAAAUGAGGAAACGCAUCCGAUCCUUUGGCUUCCAUGUCGUUCCAGUGGGCUACGCCCCAAAGCAUUCCAGAAAUCCGUUUAGGGAACUAGAGUGGCGCAUUGUCUUCCCACAGGCGGAGCAGUUUCUAGAGCGGCACUGCCUGACGCCCAUGCAAGUGAAGGUUUUCCAACUGAUGAAGCUGCUGGUCAAGACCUUUGUGGAGGGCUCCUCCUCUGACCAACCACCGGGAGCUUUGCUCGAGCAGCUGAGAGCCCAUCUGUUUUGGCAAUGUGAGCAGCAUAGCAACGAUUGGCCCGAGGAGUUUCUGGGUGAGCGCUUGGUAAGAUUCAUUCGCUCGUUUGAUGCUUGUUUGGCCAAGAAACAUUUAAGCGACUACUUCAUCCAACGGCGGAAUCUCUUUGAGCACAUCCCGGAGGAUACGUUGAUGAAACUACGCACCAUAAUGGCAGGCAUUGCGGAGCAACCACUGCUGCACAUUGUCCAAGCUCUGAGGAAUCUUCAACAUGCGCCGGAUUUCUAUCCGCAAUUGGACUACAAACGGCUAUUGCACAAUCUCUUCAGUCAGGAUUACCUGGAGUUGCACUCAUGGGGCAAGUUUUCCCGUCCCCGGCAGGGAUUCCCUGCUCAGGAGAUUCAAGAGGAAAACCAAGAACAGCAGGUGGACAAAGGGAGAAGCCCAACAAAGGAGGAGAUCACUGAUGCGAAGGGACUUUUGGGGUUGGCUCAACAUCAAGAAAGAUCAAGAGGAAAGCUACGGAAGAAGACACAACUCCUGAAGGCCACCAAUCAGCAGCUUCAGCUCUCUGAGGCGAAACAAAGACGCUGUUCGCUAGAUUCCCUAGAUCUUCAAUUGUUUUUGAUGCGCUCCAAUCCAGAGGCUACCACCCAAGAUACGGCAAAACCGCAACUGAACAACGGUUUGGAAAUCCUGCGUCGCAGCAAUCUGCUCGAGCUUCUUUUGGAUCAUUUGUUAGCCAUGUUAAGCACUGCUAUACGAUUUGGCAAUCGUGGACAUGCCCAACUCUACCUGGAGCAGGGUCAAAGAUUGUGUCGCCUCUAUCAGCACCUUGGGUGUUCCCAGCAGGCGAAGCACUUUAUUGAGGAACUUCAGGUAUUAGCCAAUCAAAUGGAGGGUAUGUCCUAUACCUCUGUACCAAACGUAGCCGUUGACACAGCCCUGCCAGUGGAUGAAUCCCCGCCAGUACCAAGAAAAUCAAUUAAAUUCCAGGAUCAUGUCGUCCAAAUACACACACCCGAUCCGCCGACUAGACAGAACCCUGUGCCCCAUCUAGAAAACCAUAGGCUAAAUGGAAUUCUACGGGUACCUCAACAGCACGAUCAGAUAGAGGCCAUUGAAACGCUGCAGGAGGAGAACAUCAAAAGUACUUUGCUAAUGGAAAUUAAAAGCCGCAUUGGGGAGACAACGAAAGACCAAGUGGUGGAAACCAAAGAACUAAUAACAAAAGUAAAUGAUAUAGAACCGCAAACAGAAAUGGAUUUGGAACCAGAAUCAAAAUCGGGUGAAACGCCUAAGGAAGAAACCCUUCUAUCACUGAACGGUAUCCUUCAAAGGCUUAACCUAGAUACGGAUAAAAUGCAAAUGCUGGGAAACAAAACAGAGCAACUGGUCCAGAAAGUAGCCCCCUCGGAGGCCGUGCGGGAGGAACUCAAGGAGAUCCUAAAGCGCAACACACAGAAGCUCAAGGGCGCCUUUAACUGAAGAUAACAUUAUAUCGUUUAAGCCUUUUCGCGAUUAGUGUUAUAUUGUUACAUAUUACCCGGGUGUAUAAAGAUAGCUAAAGAUAAGGAUGGUAUUUAUAGUUCGUAAGUACUGUACAUACUAGUUACCAACCAACAGACCCUAUAAAUAUAUAUAAAUAUUUAAUACCCCAACGUAAACCAAUUCAGAUUUUCGCUAUGUUCUGAAUUUGAUUAAUAGUUUGUUUUCUAUGUCAUGAAAAUUAAGUAAUAAAACUGUAAACUAUUCAACUAUGGUCAUGGAAAGCAAAUAUUUGAAUUACUUAAUAUUGUUUAUAAAGAUCUUAAGCAAAGUCUGAUUAAAUCUAUAAAUAAUAAGGAAGCAAUGACCACUUAAACCAUAAUUUAAAUGUUUUUACUAAGUUAAUAAGAAAUAACACUGAAAUUGUAAAUUAAUCGAUCUUCUUGAUUUUCUAACCCCAAGGUUAUUCCAAAAUGUAAAUCUCUUUAUCCUAAUAAUAUCCAAAAAAUAUAUAAUAAAAACCUUAA